AUGUUUACUACUGCUGAAAUCAAGAAACGUCUAACGAAGGCCUUUUCAUCUUUGCAGGAAAAUGUCUACAAGGGAAAGCUUACUCAUUCUGAAGAAAUCCAAGCAUUCCAAAAGUACUUUGAAACUGUCUAUAACCCAAUGGAACUUGUUCAAACUGUCUGUUACGCAGCGUCAAUUUUAAAAGAGAAAUUUGAAAAACAAAUUGCCAAAAAGAAAUUUCCCAACGUUGUAAAACCUGAAUUUAAAUAUGAUUUAGCCUUUGAGUCUGUCGAAAGGAAGGUGGUGAAGAGAGAGAAGCCUGUGGCGAAAGCUAGUUUGAAUACUGCUUCUAAGCCGACUACCUCUUCGAGCCAGGGAGCUCCUUCUGCCAAGGAUGCUGCUCCAGAGAAAAUAAAGAAGAGUUCAAAGGGUAGUGGCAAGCCUCCUCUAACGCCAAAGAAAAGAAAAGUCCCAACUGAAAAUGUAAUCCUUGUCGAAGAUGAUGAAGAAGAAACUCCUCCCACUCCACUUAAGAAGAAACAAAAACAGAAUAAGGCAACAAUUACCCCUUACCAAACAAACAAACAACAAGGUGUCGAAAUCAACAUUCUCCCACCUUCUUCAAAGGAAACUCAAUCCCAGCCCUCUGGUGGCGCAGCGCUGGAGCACAUUGGGAGCAAUGCUUCCGACCCUGAGGCUCAACAGAACGAACAAGAAACCUCUUCUCCUGAUGAAGAUGGUAAAAAAGAUUCGAAGAAAGCUGAAGAGAAGGAUUCAGAAGAGAAAGAAGAUUAUGAAGAUACUUCCAGUAACUCUCCUCCAAGAGUUACGUUCCCUUCAGAUUACGCUGACAAGGAUGAUCAGGAUUCUGAUGAGAUUGAGGGGUACUUUCAGCAAGAUGAAGACAUGAGUGAGGGAGAAGCUGAUCCUGAAGGAAAUUAG